AUGGCAAAGUCACCGAAGGGAGCUGGAGCAGAAAAUGCGCGUAAUACCAAUAGAGAAGGUAACCAAGAGGGAGAAUCAACAUCAUUUAGAUUUGCUAAUGAAAGUGGAGAUUUGGAUCCGUCAGGUUCUGAGUUUUCAAAUGAUCUUCCCCCUUUAUUUGAUAACGUUAGCGAGAGUGAGAAGGACAGAAUUGAUGGACUAGCUCUUCCGCAGACAAGUCUACCUUCUACAACGUUAGUACUACCUAAGUCGAAGGUUUCGCAUGCCAAUGAUAAUAAGAAAUCUCCGCAUAAGGUACAGAAGCCAGUUUUAAAUAACAAAGCAGGAACCACAUCGAUGAAAAAGCAUACACAAGGAGCUGGUGCUCCAAAACAACAAAGCGAUCCUGAGAAAUUGAGUGAUGCGUUACUUUCAGCUGGUGUUGAUAUAAAGGAGGAGGAAGCGCUGCUGAACUCUACUGUGGUAUCGAUGAAACCUAAUUCGCGAGUUUCAAAUAGCCAAAUUCCUCCUCAUCCUCCUCUCUUGCAUCCGUCUCAUGUUGCAAUAAUGAUGAAAAAGGUUGCAGCUGAACAGAACUUUAACCAAGAUUUCUCAAAGAGCCACGAUUUGUUAAGCCUCAUGUCUACUGCAUGUGAGCUUUAUAUGAGGGAUAUAAUUACAAAUUCUAUUAUUAUAUCGCGUCACAGAAGGAAGGCAGUUAAGCUAAAUUCUGGAAGGCGGAGUGAAAUUACUAUGGUCCUACGUGAUCUGGCAUUAAAGCAACGGGAGCAAGAAGAAAGUAGAGUAAAAAGAAGGAUAGCUUUGGGAUUAGAGAAGCAGACUUUAGAUCCGAAACUGGACAGCGGUGAAACCCUACAUAGGGCUUCUAAUGCUACUGCAAAUAUGAUGAUAGCCGGAGGGAAGAAGAAGUACAGUUGGUUAACGUCAGGGUCCAAAGUGAAUCCUUCGGACCUAAAGAAUGCUGGGAAGGUCUCUUCUGCGGUUGCCGCUAGAGGGGAUUUAGGCAUAAAGUACAGAGAAGCACGGGAGGAGCCAGGCAUUGUAAUGAGGGAUUUACUACGUGCGUUGGAGAAUAGGAGAGUAAGCGUCAGUAAUACAAUUGCUAAAGGUUAUGCUAGAAUAAGAGACUAG